CUAGAAAACAGAAACUGCUGAAAGCUAAAAUGCAAAAAUUGACUAAAGUUUCGGCAAACCUGUAGUUUAUCCUUGAGAAAUUCGAAGACGGCGUGGCAGGACGAGCUGUCCAACCGAUCCUCCCAAGGAUCAAUCCAACCGGAUCAAAGGUUUCAAAGCGGACGCUUUCUCGCCACACCACAAAAACUGCCAACUCCCACACACAAAAAAAAGGGGAAAGAAACAAGAGCAAGCAGCAGGUCAAGUGGUCAUCCAGAUCCGAGGAAUCGCUUUUAUAAAAAAUGCAGCAGAAUACGGCGAGCAAUCCGUUUGCGAUGUCCACGUACGUGGAGCGACCUCAAAUGGGAUUGGAUGUGGAAUUCGGAGCGGAUCCUGCCAGCGGAGCAGCAUUCUUCCAGUCCGACGGACGGAAGCACGAUGAUCUUAAGCAAAUGCUCGACAGCAACAAGGAUGGACUCAAGCUGGAGGCGAUGAAAAGGAUAAUUGGAAUGAUUGCCCGCGGGCGAGAUGCCAGUGAUCUAUUUCCAGCUGUCGUUAAGAACGUGGUGUCCAAGAACAUCGAGGUCAAGAAGUUGGUCUAUGUGUAUCUAGUGCGAUAUGCUGAGGAGCAACAGGAUUUGGCCCUGCUCUCCAUUUCCACGUUUCAACGGGCCCUCAAGGAUCCCAAUCAACUUAUCCGCGCCUCGGCUCUGCGGGUCCUAUCCUCCAUCAGGGUCAGCAUGAUCGUUCCGAUUGUGAUGCUGGCCAUUAGGGAUAGUGCCGCCGACCUGAGUCCCUAUGUGCGGAAGACAGCGGCCCACGCCAUUCCCAAGUUGUAUUCGUUGGACGCGGAUCAAAAGGAUGAACUGGUGAUGGUCAUUGAGAAGCUGCUCUCGGAUCGCACCACUUUGGUGGUGGGCUCGGCAGUGAUGGCCUUCGAUGAGGUCUGCCCGGAACGCGUGGAUUUGAUCCACAAGAACUAUCGCAAGCUGUGCAAUCUCCUAGUGGACGUGGACGAAUGGGGUCAGGUGAUCAUCAUCAAUAUGUUGACCCGCUAUGCACGCACCCAAUUCGUGGAUCCCAAUGCGGACGAGGAGGAUCUGGCCGAUGGACUGGGCGAAACGGCCGUGAACGAACGUUUCUACGACGAAUCCUCGCACGACGACGAAUCCUCCCACAGCGAUGAUGGCAGCAGCGACGAGGAGAAGACCAACAAACCGCGCACCAACAACAACAACAGCAAUAGCAACAACAACAACAACAAUGGCGGUGGCAGCCGAACACCCAGUUCGCCGAGCAACAGCUAUCACAUCGAUGUGGACCACCGUUUGCUCCUGAGGCAGACGAAACCUCUGCUGCAAUCGCGAAAUGCAUCCGUUGUGAUGGCCGUGGCGCAACUCUACCAUCACGUUGCGCCCAAGAACGAGGUUCAGCUGAUUGCCAAGGCGCUCAUUCGCCUGCUCCGCUCGCAUAAGGAGGUCCAGAGCGUGGUUCUCAAUUGCAUUGCCUCGAUGUCGACGAAGCGAAAGGCGAUCUUCGAACCGCAUCUCAAGUCGUUCUUUGUGCGCACCAGCGAUCCCACGCAUCUCAAGCUCCUCAAGCUGGACAUUCUCACCAAUCUGGCUUCGGCGGGCAGCAUCUCGCUCAUUCUGCGCGAGUUUCAGACCUACAUUUCCAGCAGCGAUCGCUCCUUUGUGGCGGCAACCAUUCAGGCCAUUGGCAGGUGUGCAUCCAGCAUUAAGGAGGUCACCGAAACCUGCCUGAGUGGCCUAGUUCAUUUGCUUUCCAAUCAUGAUGAACACGUGGUGGCCGAGAGUGUGGUCGUUAUAAAGCGUCUCCUGCAAACAAAAGCCGCCGAACACUUCGAGAUCAUCACCCAGAUGGCCAAGCUGAUUGACUACAUCAAUGUGCCGGCUGCCAGAGCGGCCAUAAUCUGGCUGAUCGGCGAGUACAACGAGAAGGUGCCACUGAUCGCGCCCGAUGUGCUGCGCAAGAUGGCCAAGUCCUUUGUGGACGAGCAGGAUGUGGUCAAGCUGCAGGUUCUGAAUCUGGGCGUCAAGCUCUAUCUGACCAAUCCAGAGCAGACUUCGCUGCUGUGUCAGUAUGUUUUCACGCUGGCCCGCUACGACCCGAACUACGAUGUCCGCGAUCGCGCUCGCUUUCUGCGCCAGAUCAUAUUCCCGGCCAGUGGCAGCAGUUCGGUGCUGAGUCAGCACGCCCGGCAGGUGUUCCUCGCCAGCAAACCGGCUCCAGUGCCGGAGAGCAAGUACCGCGACGGCAACAACUUCCAGCUGGGAUCGCUAUCCCACUAUCUGAACAUGCCGGCGGCGGGCUACAAGGAACUGCCUGCAUUUCCGGCCGUUGCGCCGGAUUCCUCGGUACGCAACAUUGCGGGAUUCAUGCAGGAGAAGCUGCCCGGCGAGGACUCGCCCUCGGGUCGGUCCAAGGCAACUUCCGGUGCGGAUGGCGGUGGCAAGGAAAAGGGAGCUGGUGGCAAGAAGGGCUUCCUCUCCGAGUCGGAUGACAAGUCAUCCGCUUACUCGGAGUCCAGCAGCAGCAGCAGUGGCAGUGGAACGAGCGACAGCGAAUCGGACAGCGGUGGCAGCGGGAGCAGCGAUGAUGAGGAGCAGAAGGAGCAGCCAGCAAAGGUGUCCGCCCAGAAGGAUCAGGAUGAGCUCGUUAAUACGUCAGUCAAUAAAGUGGCAAACGCUCCUUUGCUGGAGGAAGAAGCCACCGCGAAUAACAAUAACAAUGCAGCUGGUUCCUCGGGCACCUCGGACAGCGAGGAUUCGUCGGCCUACAGUGGCACCAGCAGCGAGGACAGCGAUUCCGGCAGCGAAAACGAAACGAUUCCGGCCAAGAAACAGCCGGAAACAGGAAAGUUAGAGAAGCAGGAGAAGCAGGCGCAGGAACAGGCGCCUCCUUCCAAAAGCAAUCUGGAUCUGCUGCUCGAUCUGGAUGACAUUCCGCCCAUUGGUCCUGUGAUGACGCCCUCUUUGGGUGGCUUCCUGACGCCAGGUACUCCACUGAUAGCUGGCCAGGCGGCGCCGCUGCAGCCGCAGCAUGCCCGCAACCGGGUGGAGCUGGUGGGUCCCUCGCACAUCGAGUUCAAGCACAAGGAGCUGCUCAACAAGGUCAGCGGCCACGGACUGCAGUUGGCCUACCGCUUCACCCGAUCGCCGCACCUCUACUCCUCGACCAUGUGCUCCAUCGAGUUGCAGUUCCAGAAUCGUGGCGACAAGGAGAUAACAUCGAUUCACCUGGCACCGGCCACUCUGCCGGCGGGCAUGCAGCUGAACGAGUUCGCCCCGGUGACCAGUCUGCAGCCGCAACAGACGGCCAGCGGAGUGCUCGGCGUGGACUUCAAUGAUUCCACGCAUGCUGUGGACCUGGAGCUGCUCUCCAGUGCGGGCAGUUCGCGGCUGCAGCUGAAGCCGCCGGUUGGCGAGCUGGUGAGAUCCGUCCAGAUCGGCGAGAGUUGUCAUCGCGAGGAGCGCGCCAAGUUGCGCGGGAUGAACGAGCACCAGUGCGAGCUGCGCGGCCUGCGGCGGGAUCUGAUCGACGUGGCCGCUUUGCGGCAGAAGGUCUUCGAGUCCAUCAACGUGGCGCACACGCACAGCUCUUCCAACGGCCAGCUGCACUGCUUCGCCGGGCAGACACUCAGCUCGAAGAGCCUCGUGCUGCUCACCCUCCAGUGGCAGACGGAGGAGGCGCUCACCUUGCUGGUUAACUGCGAGAAGAUGGUCAUCGGAUCGAUGGUGCUCAACGAACUGCGCAAUGCUCUGCAGCUCAGCUUCGCCAUGUGAGGAGGAGCGCUGGACACGAAACGAAGCGAGACAGCAGCAGCAGCGAACAAAGUGGAGGAGGAGGAGGGAGCGGCAUCUCCAGGGAUGAGCGCUGCUACUCAACUACCGAGAACAAAGCAAAGCCGCCUCACUACGUAGACCUAAGCAUAAUUAGCUAUAUACUGUAAGGGGCGAGGCCAGAGUAAUCCCUGGAACAGUUUCGCACACAAGUUUUUGGUUCCACUUCAGCUAGAUUGGUUUGAAAUUUAAUUGAAAUGUGCAAUGUAAGUUCGGAAGUGGAACUAAGACUUGAGGCUUAUAAAGUCAAUUCAAGCUAUUUAAUAGGAAUUUGCUAAAUGGAAUUCAAAUGAAGUUUCCUACUUUAAGCAGGAACUUACACUGAACUCCACCCAAACUCAACUCAGCUUCAAAGUAAACUUGGAUCAGCUUACCAGAGACACUUUCCAACCCAAGAGUCGUCACCAUUGCUGUUUUUAAUGGUCGCACUCAACUUGAGAUUAGAUUUGAGGAACUUUCCUUGGGGAUUACUUAACGCCACGCUCCACUAUGCAUGAAUCAUGAUUCUAUCGCUUUUAAUAUUCCUAUAUACAAAACGCAACCACAGAUUCCAGAUGAAUAUGAUGAAGUUGAUUGAACUCGAAUUGUUGCCAAUCCAAAUCCAAAUCCAAAUCUAAUCCUCCAAUCCAAUCCAAUCCAACCUAGUUAGCUAGGCGUGUGUGUAAUGUGUGUGCAUGGGUGUAAUCGAAACGUAUUUGUAAAGUGUUUGAUGUUGUAAAUCUGUUGCCUUCGUGCUCUAUGCGGCCUUCUUCAAAUCGUAGCAAAGACAAACGAAUAUCGAAUCUAUAUAUUAUAUAUUAUAUUCAUACAAUAUACAGCGCAAAAUCUGGCAAACUAAAGUGAAACAAAAAACUAAGAAAAGAAAGAAAGAACGUAAUAAUGAUAAUAAAAAUACCAAAAUGUUAAUCUGCCUGAAAACUUUUAACAAAAUGAGCUGAUCCUCGAUCCUCAUCCACAUCGAAAAGCUGAAAUAAAGCUUAAAUGUUGAAUUGCGAAA